UCUUCUUCUUCUUCUUCUUCUUCUUCUUCCACGACAACGCGGCGAUGGUGAUGGAACUGUCUGAGUACGAGCGGCAGCGGGAACCGCAUAAGCUGCAGACAGGGGAGGAGAUGAUUGAAACGUACUGGCCAGAGCUCGUGGCCCAAAUGAAGUGCCCCAUCUGCCUCAACCUCAUCGAAGAAACCAUGGCUACAGAGUGUAUGCACCGCUUCUGUGGCGAGUGCAUCAAAAGGAGCCUGCGACACAGCAAGAAGGAGUGCCCGACAUGCCGCAAGCCCUGCGCCUCAAAGCGCGUGCUUCGGCGUGACCCGAACUUUGACGAGCUCAUCCAAACCCUCUUCCCAGACCCAGACGUUGUCGAAGACUAUCAGGAGCAGCUAAUGGAGCGCCUGCACCAGACAACCAACAUGCGCGCUGUCGCGCAAAGCAUGCAAGAAGGCAUGCAGCAUCAAGCGCUUCAACGCAAGAUCCGCACAAGUACUAUUAACCGCAGCAUUGCUCAGCGGCAUGCCGCUGUCCCAACCGUGUCUGCCUCUGCGCGUGUGCCGUCCACAUCCUCGUCAUCGUCGUCCACUGCCCCAUCGCGCACGCCCUCAGCGACAACACCGGCGCUUCGGAAGCAGCAGCAUAGCGGCAGUGGCAGCAAGAAAAAACAGCCUGCCCGCCGUGUGAGCCAGCAGCACGCAGCCGCAGCCGCAUCCUCGUCAUCGGCGUCGUCAUCAUCAGCAGCAGCAAUGGCCGCAGCGGCAGCAAUAACAGCAUCGAGUGGCUCGUCCACCACAAGCACACGCAUGACGCCAUUUCUCGAGGUGAUACUGAAGCCCAUGGCCAACACAUCGCUGCCGCCUCUCGACACGCCGUACAUUCUUGCGCCGGCAGAUGCGAACGGCAGCACGCUGACGAGGCUCACCAAUCACCUCGUCUCCAACAAGAUGCAAGGGGAUGGCCGGGCGACGGUUGAGCUGCUGCUUGAGCGACACGACCAGAUUGUUCCUGUUGGCGCGCGCCUGCAGAUGCGCACCAUCGCCAAGAACCACGUCAGGUGGCACCCAGCCAAGCCCCUCGUCAUCUACUACAGGAAGAAGACCUGAUCCACAAGAAUACAUGUGUGCGUGUGUGUGUAGAUGUGCGUGUGUGUGUGUGCGUGUGUGUGUGAGGGCGGGAAUCGCGAUGCGAAUGGGCGUUCAAGUGGUGCGAUAUGCGUUUAUCUGUGCGUGGGUGUGACACUACCACGUGGACGUCUGUGAUCGGUCGUGGCUCCUCGAUUCUGUGACUGCCAUGCAUGCAUGGUGCUCAGCAGCAACAAUGCUUCCUUUGCUCCCUUUGUUUCUUGCCUGCUUUCUAAUGGACGCGAUGUGAUGAUGCGUGCGACAUAUUGAUCGCACGAAGCGUGUAAACAGUGUGACGCUUGCC